GAUGUUGGUGUUGUAUUGAGGUUUGACGUUGGGUCGGAGGGAAGUCGUUGUUGUUGAGCAGUUGAGGUACGAGGUAUGAGGUCUCAAUGUUUCCAACAUACAUUCAUUUUGUGAUUGUUGUUCGUUCUUUCAGUUUCAUUCUUCAAAUGAGACCCCCUUUUGUUGGAUCAACAAUACUUGUGCUUUCUCUUUUCGUCUGUUGCAGUUCUUCUACCGAUGGAAAUAUUAAAACGGAGAAAACCUUGGCAAUUAUAAAACCAGACGGAUUGCUUGGUAACUACACAGAUGAUAUUAAGAAAACAAUUGUAGAAUAUGGUUUCAGAAUUUUUAAGGAAAAGAUUGUUCAACUUGAUGAGGCCACUGUGAAAAGUUUUUAUGCUGAGCACUCUUCAAAAAGCUUCUUUUCCAGCCUUAUAAAAUACAUGACAAGUGGACCGGUGUUAGUUAUGGUCUUGGAGAAGGAUAAUGCUAUUGCUGAUUGGCGUGCUUUAAUGGGCCCUACAGAUGCAAGCAAGGCUAAGAUUACUCACCCUCACAGUAUCAGAGCAAAAUGUGGAUUGGAUAUGCAAAAGAAUGGGGUUCAUGGUUCAGACUCUCCCAAAUCUGCACAAAGAGAGAUACCAUUUUUCUUCAAUGAGCUCUCUGCAGAGCACGAUGAGUUGUAGCUGGUACAAGUUUGAAGCAGGAACACAACUUCUUUUUGUACUUUUGUGAGUCACUACAGUUAUGCAAUUCAUAUACAUGAUUGCUACAGUUUCUAUCGCUGCUUCUAAUUUGUCACACAGUUAAUCUGUUGAUCUAAAUUGAGAAUGAGAUUCCAGUAUGAACAUUAUGUGUGGUACAAUACUCAUCACAUACGGCUAGAUUCGGUCCCCGUGUUUUGCACAAUAAACUCGGCAUCUAACCAAAAC